AUGUGGGAGGCCGAUCCUGUAGAGUACGUCCGUGCUAGUGUCGACGAGUAUGAAAACUUUUCAUCCCUAACUUCCACACCGGCCCAGCGCUUCGGCACAUUUACAAUGAUGUCAGUCCUCGGCCUGUUCAUCGUUCACCAUCUUGAUGUCAAGGGAAGCAUCAAACAAUUCGUGGUACAGUACGUCCUGCCCGACUUCACGUCGCAGGAGCCGUACUUGCGGAGUGUCCUGACGCGAUUCAAGCAUAACUUCAACAAUCACUCCCGUGCUGUGGUGUUGGCCCUGGAUGAUCGCGAACUCCCCGUUCGCGUGCAGGCCGUACUGGCUAUCACCGAAUUGGUUGUCAUCCACGACUCUGUCAGGGAUGCUGUCUCUCCGCAAGACGGCAAGGUCGUGCAAGAUCUUCUCAAGCUUUCCCAUGAGACAGACCUCGAUAUCCUCAAUCACAGCAUGAAAACUAUGGUCGACCGCUUCCAGAACGAGCUUCUGCCUGUGGCUUCGCAGCUCACUGCAUGA